AUGGUAACGGAAAGGGAAUCGGAGUAUGCGAAGCAGCUUGCGCAGCCUUCGCUGGAUCAGGAAGCGGCCGCAGCCUGCCGGUGGCGCUCGGCCCAUUACCUCCGCCGCCGCCGGUGCGCCUUCUGGUGCUGCGGGUGCCUUGGCGCGGCGGUGACCGUCCGAUGCGUCCUCGCCCUCGCCUUAACUCUCUUCAAGGUCAAGGACCCCGAACUCACCAUCAACUCCCUCUCCCUCGCCGGCUCCCGCUUCGCGGUGGACAACGGCGUCCUCUCCAUCUUCCUUUUCAACUUCACGUUCGAGGCCGACGUAUCGAUAAAGAACCCCGACGUAGCGUCGUUCCGGUUCGGGAGCAGCGUGACUACGUUUUUCUACGAGGAGACGACGGUGGGGGUGGCGUACGCGCUGGGAGGGAGGAGGGGGCGGACCGGACGGUGA